GAGCAUGCGCAUACAUGCGUUGCCAUAAAACGAUCUUCCUACGCAACGGUUUGGCUUCAAUUUUUUUACUCGAUUUUAAAGAGCGAUAAAUAUCACAUUAUGGACCUGAUGAGGAUCCAAAGGUGACAUCCCAGUGUGCAUAAGCUUAGAAAGUAUUGAUUCAAGCAUGUCAAGACCAGGUUCUAUGAGGAAGAGAAGAGGCAUUGAUGCAUCCCCAUCAUCAAAGUCAACUCAAGGUCUUGAACCAUGUCAUACAUGUGGAAGAACAUUCCUGCCAGAUGUUUUGGCGAGACAUUUACAAAUAUGUGCCAAAGUGUUCAACUCUAAAAGGAGAGUGUUUGAGUCGGGAAGACAGAGAAUAGCAGGAACUGGAAUAUCAAUCACAAAAAUUGUCAGACCAGAUAAAAUAAAGAAACAAGGGAUCAAGAAGACAAACUGGAGACAAAAUCACGCAGACUUUGUGAAUGCCAUUAGGUCAGCAAGACAGGCCCAGCAUGCCAUUAAUACAGGGAAGCCCCUCCCUCCGCCGCCGCCUCCAUCCAUCAAUCCAAACUACAUCCAAUGUCCUCAUUGCGGGCGUCGCUUCAACCAAACUGCGGCAGCCAGACACAUCAACUUCUGUGGCGAGAGAACCAAUACCUUUGGUUCGCCCGUCAAGCCACUCAACAAGAGAGCUGCGGCUGACGUGCAUGGGAGCAAGGUGGCCAUAAGAAAAGCCUAUGAUAACAUUGUAGUGAGACGGAAGCCUUCUACCAACCCCUAUGCCUAUGCCCAGGGCGAUGGCAACGAUGAAGGGGUCAAGGUCUACUCCGCAGCAUUUGGGGGCAGUGGUCCUGACCAGCAAGCUUCAACGGUUACUGCCAGACGGAAUUCAACCUCACCGAGAAGAAAAAUAGCUUCCCCUAGGCAAUCCUCCCGCAGGAGUUCAUCUCUCAUAUCAUUGUCACCAAGGCAACAAUCAUCACCAAGGCAACAGCCUUCACCGCGGCAACAAACAUUGCCAAGCCAACGGACAUCUCCAGGGUUCAAGCAGUUUUCCAGAGAGUCAUCAUCACUCUUGUCGCAUCCGUCCACCUCUCCUCGUUUUCAGUCGUCCUCACAGCCGUCCGCAUCUCUGCUGCCCCAGACAGCAUCCAUGAAACAUUCCCCUUUGCGGUCGUUACCUCCGGCAACGCAGCAUCCGCCAUGGCAGGCGCCCACGUCGCCACAAAAGCUACCAUCUCCUUCUCAAGAACUGACAACAAUACAGCCCCUGUCCCCAUCUAGCCCUCACCAGCAUUCCUCACCAUCUCAGAUCAUGGGUCCUUCUGCCCAGAUAUCCCCUCCACCUAUUCCUCAGGCAAGCCUCAACUCAUUACCGCCAUGGCAGCAGGCCUUGAAGACCAGCAACAGCAGGUCACCUCCAAAAGCAGCAAGACUUCCCAAUGGACACAUCAGGAGGUCAAGAUUGAUCAAGUCGGGAAAACCCAAGGGCAAUGUCAGAUUCGCUGAUAAUGUCCAAGUGAAAACAUUUGGGGAUACUUUACCGGGACCAGACGAUGUCGGAGGGCCUGCUGACUACGAAGCGCCCUCACAGUCGGCGUAUGCCUCCCACAAUGCCAUGCCAAAUAGCUUUGAUGAACAAUUACUAUCAAGACACCAGGAUCUCAUGUCGGUGUUGAAGAAGAACUAUGGGGACGAUGUGAUGCUGGCCACGCCCGGCAACCACAUCGAGGAGAUGGUGCAGUCCAGGCAUCCGACCCAUCCCCUUCCGAACUAUGGUGGGAUAGGUCACUAUGGCAACCACGGAGGACAUGAGGGUGGAGGAAUACCCGACCUCACACCCAUGAGCACGGGGCUACAGAGAAGCUCAGCAUUGAAUGCCUCGCCAUCGCAUCUCCCGCCAUCCUCUAUGAGGACCUCCUAUCAGGAUUCCUUUGGGAGAACGGAUCACCCGUCAUUUGAUAGCACAACUCCCUUAUCACUGAACAACCCAUCAGGACAAUCCAAUGAAGCUACCUCCAACCAUACCAGGCCUCCGCAGGGGUACGGUAGACGGCCACGCCCGGUCGUAGGAUCCCUUCGUGGUCCAGUUCCUACCAAGCCAUCUCCCAGUGACUUCAGUAAGCUCUCUAUCUCCGGAGGCAUGCAUGGAGGGGCAUUCUCAGGAAUGUGAUGUUGCUGAUCUGGAAGUCACGUCUAAUUGGAUGUACCAGGUUCCGCCCGGCACCUACUUAAGCCGUCUCCCAGUGGAGGGCAUUCCGAGGAAAUGUGACGUUGCUGCUCUGGAAGCCACUACCAAUUGGAGGUUCCAGGUUUCGACCAGCACCUAACAACCAUAGUCAUCAAAGGGCAUUCCCUUGAAAGUGAUCUUGAAACUGAUGUUGCUCAGAUGAAAACCAUGCCCAAUUGGAUUCUCGAAAAUCUUCUCGUUAUGGUCCAAAUCUGCAGUCUAACUCCCAGAGACUUCGGUUAGCUCUCUGUCUCAAGAGGAAUGCAUGGAGGGGCAUUUUAUAAAUUGAUAUCACUGCUCACUGGGAAGUAGACCUUGCCCAUUUGGAUAAAAAUUGGUCACCUAAACCCAAUUCUUGCGGUCAUCGGUUGGUGUACCUGAAUAACAUGAAUGUUUCUCAGGCAAAGUUUUUCAAGGGCCCCGUUUCAUUAAAAAAGUUGCUGUGAUAGCUGCUCUUGCUGGAAUAUCAGCUUUCAUUGGUAAAGCCAAUCAAUAAGCAAGAUUUUCACUGUUGCCAUGGUAGCCAGACUUGCUAUCAUAGCAACUUUUAAUGAAAUGGGGCCCAGUAGUGCCUUUCACUGGAAUAAUCAAAUUUGAUGCUUUCUUUUGAGUGACUGUACCUAUAUCUCCCACAACAUGAAAGCUCCACGAAUUUUGUGUAUUUCAUGCAUGCUAAUACUGAUAGAUUGGUAGACCACAGUGCCCUAAACACCUUGCAUCGAUUACAAUGUUUCUCUUUCAAAGUGAUUACAAGCCUUGCCUAAACGCCACAGUAUUCCUGUGAUCUCAUGGCCAGUCAGGGUUUGCAAUUUCCAGGUGGGAAAUACUGCAGAAAAUUUGCCAAUGCUGUGAAGUACUUCAAAUGUACAGGGAGGUACAGGCAAAUGAUGGAAUGUGCAUGAGAAACACCGGAGCCCCGUCUUACAAACAGUUAUGAUUGAUCCAAUCAAUCGUAACUCUAUGGAAAUCCAUCGGUGUCAUAAUUUUUUCUACAGGAAAUUUGCAAUGUGUCCUUUGUAAGCAAAGGAGAACACACCAAAUUGUCAAGAAAUCAAUUAAUUUAUAUGGAUAUACAUUCAUAUCUAGAAAAAAAUUUGAACAAAAAAUGCAUUUUAUAAUAUGUUAACUUUUCUGGCUUUCCAUAGUUGCAAUUGAUCGGAUCAAUCACAACUCUUUGUAGGAUGGGGCCCAGGGCAGUACCUGGAAAAUUGUUAAGAAAUAUAUUUUGUAGUAUUCCCCUGCAUUUCCAACUAUUUCCCAUUUUCCUUUGAAAAAUUAUGAAGGCGGUAUCUGCUGUUAGUUCUAUUUAUAACAGAUGUAUUCUUCCCUGCCCUUGGGAUUCUUCGUUCGGUCAAAUAUUUCUUUAAUUUCGCAAUUUUUACUCGCAGACUGUGCUCACUUGUAUGCCUUUAAUAGGAAAAAGAGUUCGACCUGUAGGCCUUUCAUGAUAAUGAACGUUAGUGGUGCAUGUAUUAUGAAAUGCAUGAGUUGCUGUACAUAUAAUAUUGUAUUAGAUUUAAUAUCUUAAUAGUGCCUCACUGCCUCUGGAAUUAGACAUUUGUGACAUUUGACAGUUGAAUAAUAUGCAAGAUUUUAUAAUAGAGAUGCUAUGCAAACACUGUUUUCAAAGUCUACUUAAAAAUUAUACCACAUAUUUUGUUGUCUGUGUGGCUUUUUAUAUGACAUGAAUAUGCAAAGAGUUACCUCUCAAUUGUGUAACUGUAUGUUUAGGGUUCUUUUUUUUUAGAGAGAGAGAGAGAGAGAGAUGUCUUUUUUAUAUGCUUUAUAGUCAUGAAAUUCUAGUCAAAGAAAACAUUAUUUAAGAAAAUUGAAUCAGCAUUUUUUUGAAAUAGUCUUUCAAUUAAUAGACAUGAGUUUGACAACAAAAGCAUCAUUACUGUAUGCAAAGCAUAUAAACAGUAAUAUAUUCUAUUGGAUAAGAAUUGGAUAGAUAUAUUCUGUGUUUUUUUAAGAGAUAUAAGUCUGAAAUUAUAUUUAUUGGACAGAUUUGCUGCAAAAUUUUAUCAAAUAUAAUAUUGAGUAUUCAUGAAAGCUGAAAACAUACUGAAAAUAUUCUAUAACUUAUAACAUAUUUCUUUUAUUUAUUCUAUCAAAAUUUCUAAAUAAACAUGUACAUGUAUAUGUUAAGAUGAAAUUAAAAUAUUGCCAGCCAACUAUAAAUGAUAUUGGACAUUUAUUCAUGGUGUUCAUAUCUACAAGUAUUUCUUAGAUACUUAUAUUGAGUUGUUCAUCACCUUGACUUUUGUUUCAAAAAAAACUUUUACACGUUAGAACUAUUUUAAUAAAUGAAAUAUUUAUUACUAUAUGAUAUUAGUCAUAUUUAUUUAUUGUAUGACACUUUAGUUACUUUAUAAAUGUCUUUGAUAUGACUUAAAUUUCAUUACUUUUUUUUCUGGGGCUGAGGAUAUCUAUAAAUGACUUUUUUUAAAGUCUUAUUUUCAAUUAUUAUAGUAACCACAACUUUUGUUUCAAAAUUUCUUAAACAAAUUGCAAUGCAAGUCAGAAAUUUUUCAAUUAACAUUUAUUAUUUUGAUUGCUCAAUGAAUUCCAAUGCACCCCUGUCUAUACUAGUCUGCAUGCAGGCACAGACCUUUGGUUUUCGUUAUUCACAUAGUACAUAAUGUGAAGUCUGAAAUGUGAGACUAGAUUCACUGUAUACUUCGGCUGAGAUAGUUUGGAGUCUAUAGUCUUCACUCGAGACAUGGUAUAAUUGGUUUAAAGUGUCAAACUUGAGUCUGUGCUUGCAGACUAUACAGUGUGAAAUUCUGUGAUGUUUAUUUGGUCAAAUAUAAGAAAUAGGUGUUGGGGUUUUUGCUUAUUCAGUUUAAUCACUGAUCAAUUGUUGCAGUUUCAAUUGCUGUUCAUAAAAUGCUGAUAUGGAUCUUGAUCAAGUGAUUGGCUGAAACCUGUCAUGUGAUCAGUCGUUUAUUUUAGCCAACAGGCAAAUUUGCUGAUGACUGGUUCUAUUAUAUUGACCGAUCAUGGUUUUGAUACGAGAAUUGUUUAUGAAAUUAUAUAACAAUGAUCCACGUCACUAUCUUAUAAAACAAAUAAUGCACAUCAUUUUGCAAGGGCAUUAAAAUAAUUACCCACACUUGUUACCUGUGAAACGGUAUCAGCGCCAUGAGGCAUAAACUGUUCCAAAUCCACCUUGUGUAUGUUAUUAUUACCAUUACCCUCCAUAAUGUGCAUUAUUUGUAUAUUAUUGCCUUAUUUCUUCCUGUUUAGGUGCCUUGCUGUUCCUAUUAUUUUUAAAGCCGUAAUUUGAAGUGUUUCCUUUGUUACAGUGUAUGAUAAGAAGAUACAACACUUGAACACUAGAUAGAAAACCUCUGGUGUAUAUAUAUUAGUCAGUUCUUGCCAAAUGAUGAUGAAUUACUUUAUACUACCUGGUCGGGUGGUGGGUGGGAUAGGGGAUGGGGAUAUAUCACAUUUAUUGAACACUGAAUGACCAUUGCUAUAUGUAUUUGACACAGUAUAUAAAUGGAGAAUCUGUCUAUGUUUUAUCAUCUGGAAUUGGCUUGAAACAUGUAUAUUUUUUUAUUUUUAAUCUUUAAAAUAAAUUGGAAGAAAUUAUAUGUAUGUGUGUAUGCCUACACUGGCUUAAUCACUUCGAUUAGAUAAAGAUUAAAAUCUCAUUAUAUUUACAAAAAUGCCAGGAAAGCGACAGUGGGGGCCUGGAAGGGGGUGGUAUAGGGUGGUAUUUGUUGGAACAAUUGCCCCCCCCCCCC